CAACAAAACGUUCAAUAUGUCCAUUUCGUUGUCAAUAACAAAAUGAUUCAUAUGUACGUGUCCAAAAAUGUGCACUGCGCCGUAGUUUUGUGACUGCUUUUAGCGAUGUCGGGGUCAGACUACCGGUAGGCUAAUGUAAAAGAUUCGAUGCUACUUCGUUUUGAUCUCCGUGUCCAUAUAUUUGAUCAUAGCUCUCCUGUUUCAGUUGGUAUACUUUCUAAUACAUUUUUUUAGUCGUAUGGGAUUUGCUUGAUCACCAAAAUCUGAAAAAAAAAACUCUUUUCAACACCACUGCUAACUAUAUCUCGAAAAAUGUUUUGCCGGACAAAUUUUUUACGAAGUGUGGAAGUAUGUGCACGUCGAAAUUUUUCUCGAGAUAGUCCCGGCAGCCUAGUUGGAAGAGUUGCAGUAGUAACAGCAGGGACGGACGGAAUAGGUCUCGCAAUUGCAAAAAGGCUCGCUAUAAAUGGUGCCCGCGUUGUUGUCAGCAGUCGAAAGCAGAAAAACGUGGAUAGGGCUGAAAAAGAAAUGAAGGAUCUCGGUCUAGAGGUCAUGGGAAUUCAAGGACAUGUUGCAAAUAAAAGUGAUCGGAAAAACUUGAUCGAAAAGACGUUGGAAGAGUGGGGAGAGAUAAACAUCCUCGUUCAAAACGCGGGCGUCAAUCCUCACCCAUUCGACAUUUUGUCAACUCCGGAAAGCGUGCUAGAUAAAGUAUAUGAUGUGCAUAUAAAAUCGAAUUUUCAAAUGAUUCAGGAAAUAUACCCGCACAUGGCGAAAAGCAAGGCACCAGGCUCCAUUAUUUUAUCUUCCACAGUAGGAGCAUACAUCACACAUGCUUAUGCCGGGGCGUACGCGAUAACAAAAGCGAGUAUAAACGCAAUGGUACGUGCAUUUAUGCCAGAUCUUUUAAAAUGUAACAUUCGUAUCAACUGCCUUACCCUUGGCCUUGUUGACACAGCGUUUUUGCAAGCACCUGCGAGUAACAAAGAAGCCCGAGACAAGUUUAUGAGUGCAGUUGCGAUGGGAAGGUUUGCACAGCCUGAAGAAUGUGCUGGCCUUGCUGCCUACUUGGCUUCUGAUGAUUCAAGUUAUGUUACUGGAGAAAAUUUCGUGAUCAGCGGAGGACUCUAUACUCGUCCUUGAAAAAAUCUAUUAUAUUUCAUUUUUUAUUUAUUUAUUAUAACUUGUUACUUACCGUGUCAUGGCGACGAUUUAAAUGAUGCUACGUCGUCUUAUCUAUCAAUAAUUAUUUGGAGGCAUCUCAUAAAACAUCUUAGAAAAAAAUUUACUUAUCAUCAGAAGGAAUUGCAUUGAUGUCUGACUUUUGCAGCGCAUUGUUGACAGCUCUGCAACAGAGUCUUUUCAUAUAAAUCUGGACGUAACCCUAGCACCAUGUUUGACGAAACAUUAUGAUAAAAAAAAUUAAUAACAAUUAAAUAAACCAACAAGAGAACUAUGCUCAAAUAUAUGCACACACCACAAUGUGUCGCUCUUCUUUAUUCUGACACACAAAAAACACCUGGAACGACUAAAUAUCAUUUCUCUAUGCAGCACAAUAGAGACCCAUCCAUCUCUAAUAUUCCUUAGUAUAUUAUUUCUGACUAUUGAUCUUUAUUGGACACGUAGUGGACAUAACGAUCGUUUCAAUAUUAUGUUGUUGUUG